UUUUGAAAAACGUCGAAUUUUACGAAUUAUUUUCAGCAGGUUCCGGAGUCGUACAGUCAGUUAGGAAAUGUGCGCUCUACUAGGGACGUAGACCCUUACUUCUUUUCACGAACAAUUAUUUUUUCUAAUGACUAGACGCAAAACUAGAAAACUGGGAAUUCUUUGAAAAGAAAACCUAUACACUAAAGGAAGCAAAGUGCAAGUAAACUUUUCAGAGUUUCAAAUAUUAAAGAAAAAUUCCAGAGUUUGCAACUUAAUUUAAGUGACUCUUCGAAAUAAAGACUCAAUUGUGCACAACAAUCGGCAAAUUUGGAUCAUACUUGACUCGUUCGUUUGUGCGAAAACUCAAAGUUCGUUUGGAGUGUUAUGAUAGGAUCUAACCCUUAAUGGAAUAUGGAUUCACCGAAGCGGAGACAAUGAUGGAGUCACCACGGAACCAGCAUCCAGUCAAGGUUUGAACACGAAGGGUUUCAGCGUCCUCUGAGAGUCCCUUAGGGGUGGCGUGCGAGUUCAGCCUUGUAAUCCUUGCAUAACUACUCCCAGUCAUCCCUCAACAUGGUCCGCAGAGAUUCGGCACUGGAGAUGAGCGUUCCUGCGCUGGGAAUAAUCACGGCAGCAACCUACAGUGCACAGAGUCAAACACAUCACCGCGUUGAACGAUAAUCCCCGAAUCGACACGAUUAUGGAGUAUGAAUGGAACUCAAGCAACGAGACAGUCUCAAUUGAAGUGGAUCCUGCUUUGCUUUACGAAAUCAGCCCAGCUGCUCAUUACAUCUACGGAACUAUCCUGACAACGAUUGGCACCGCGGGGGUCUUGGGAAACGGAUUGGUCCUCAUUGUGUUCACAAGGUAUCGGCGCUUAAAAGGUCCUUUCUCUUGUUUCAUCAUCAACCUGGCGAUAGCGGACUUGAUAACAUCCAUCUUACACUUUAUGUCUGCAAUCUCGGCCUUCCAACAUAGGUGGAUAUUUGGACCUGCAGCCUUGGCUGCGCCCCUCAAAAAGCCCACCUCGGGCGGGAGCUCAUUUAACAGUGCAGAUUCGCAUAGCUUGACCUACCUUCCGCCCGGUUUAAGGUGGAAGUUGAGGAUGAAAUCUCGUUUGAGUGAACAACGCAAAAGCACACGUAAUCAUUUUGAGGUGAUUGGUUACUCUGCAUUGAAUGAUGUUCAAAUUAGGUCACCGCUCAGGCAGAAACUAGACGUAGUUUUGCUGGAGUGGAAUUUCAGCUUCCAGCCUUUUGAUUUUGUUUGCGUGCGCAAUAUUAACAUGGGGUUUAAUGCAGAAAGUUUUUUUGUUUCGCAGGUAUGCGUGAUGGCGUGGAUCUACUGUCUGCUGAUGACUCUGCCACCGCUAUUCGGCUGGUCGCGGUACAUCCUGGAGGGGUUCCUGACCUCUUGUUCGUGGGACUACAUGACCAGGACGCCAGCCAACCGGGCUUACUACGUCUACCUCCUUUUCUUCGGCUUUGUUAUCCCCGUCUCAAUCAUCACCUACUGCUACACCUUCAUUCUCAUCACCAUCCUCGCGCACGGCAAGGAGAUGGCCAACAUCAAAGCCACAGGUGGCGGAGGCUACUCGUUGUCGUCGCGGAUCCCGGUUCCGCACACUCCGGCCCGCUCGACGGUGAAGACGGCGGAGAUCAUCUUGAUGCUGGUCGUGCUCUUCCUCGUCGCGUGGACGCCCUACGCCGUCGUCACCCUUAUCGGACAGUUCGGCAACCCGCUACUCAUCACUCCCUGGGUCUCCGCACUCCCGGCCCUCUUCGCCAAGGCCUCGGUGGUGUACAACCCGAUCGUGUACAGCCUCUCGCACCCCCACUUCCGGUCGUCGGUGCUCCAGUACAUCUCGUCGUGCACGGGCUCCAUGGGGGCGGACCACCGGACGGCGGUGAUCGGCUGCGGGGGGGCCCCGCUCGGCCUCAACCGCGAGAACAUGACCUCUAUGCGCGGGAUCGCCUCCUCGCCCACCCGCCUCGGGCACCUCCACUCCCACCACCACCAUCACCACCACGCCUCCCACCACGUCCACUUCCGCUGCUUCCCCGCCCGCCGGCUCAGCCCCAACAUCUGCGCCGACUUUCACAGCGAACCCGACCCUGCGCGAGUUGCCGUGUUGCUGGAUCAGCAAGGCGCAGCGAUGACCCUGAGGUGGACCGAUCGACUACCUCGUGCAAGAGGGAUGCGAGAGGGGGCCAGCCUCCAAAAUACAAGCAUCACGAGUGAGGCGAUGGUCACGGUUGUAAAUAGCCAAUCGACAGCCUCAGGACGGCCCACCGUAUGCUUCCUGUAUAACACGAUGCCAGAGAGAAGAUCACAGAAGCACAGUAAGUUCCCGCUGAAUGUGUUCAACAAAUGAUCCAAAAAAACACUCGAAGGCAACUUCGAGCACACACAGAAUUGCAGGAAGCUGCUGCCUGAAGAUGAUUGAAGCAACGGCCUUUGCUGACGUAUUGACCGAGGAUAGCGGUGGGCAAAGCCGCAGCUGCUCUUCCUCAAACUCGGCCUAAAAAAGUUCAACGCUGAUCGCAAAACAUGGCGGCGGCGUUAACUUACCUAUUGAAAUUCUGACUUUCCCGCGCAUCAGAGCGAUUCGUUCACCUGCAAAUCGGAGAACUCUCAUCCGAUUUCGUUAUUUUAUUGAAUAUUGAGUAAUCCAUUCCAACGUCUAAUUGUUCUUCAAAUGCUGUGUUCCUAUUUCCGUUACGGUCACUACCAGCUUUCCGUUUUUCCUUUUUGCUUCAAGUAAAAUUAGUUUCAUUCACGUUGGCGUUGAUCGAUGAUUUUGGCAAAAAAUUAAUUUGGGAAUAAUUUGAAAGCGACGAAAAAGAUGCAAAGGAUUCUGAAAUCUGUUAAUUUCAUCAAUGGUGAAACUAUGGGAGCCACGUAUUUCGGUUGGUGACCAGUGGCGUAGCGUGAAUUUGCGAUACAUCGGUUGUUAUGCCAUUU